AUGGACUGGGCUGAAGGAACGUCCAAUCAGGAUGUCGACUUCAUAUUUCCACUUCCUUUUCGUGAGUUGAAUCUGAUGAAGGACAAAACCAUUAGUCUGGUGGAUCUUAUCAAGCACUUUUCCCCAGACGUAACAGAUCCAAGAGUUUUCACCAAUUCAGAGCAAAAACCCAUGUUCAUCUUUGAUGGUCUGGAUGAAUGUCGACUUCCCCUUAACUUCUACUCAAACCCAGAGUGCUGUGAUCUGUCAGAGUCCGUCCCAGUCAAUGUGCUGCUAACAAACCUCAUCAAGGGGAAUCUGCUUCCAUCUGCUCUCCUCUGGAUCACCACCCGACCAGCAGCAGCUGGUCUAAUCCCUCCUGAGUGUGUGAGCCAGGUGACAGAAAUAAGGGGGUUUAACGACCCACAGAAGGAAGAGUACUUCAGGAAGAAACUCAGUGAUGAGAGCCUGGCCAGUAGAGUCAUUGCUCACCUGAAGUCAUCCAGGAGCCUCUACAUCAUGUGCCACAUUCCAGUCUUCAGUUGGAUUUCAGCUACAGUAGUAGAGAGAACAUCAGAUGGAUCAGGGUGCGUAGAAAUGCCAAGGACUCUUACGCAGAUGUACACACACUUCCUGAUCAUUCAGGUUACAAAUAAAAACGCCAAGUACACAGAGCUUGAAGGAAGAGAUGAAGAGAUGGUUUUCAAGCUGGGGAGACUGGCUUUCCAGCAACUGGAGAAGGGAAAUCUGAUCUUCUAUGAUGAAGACCUGAGAGAAUGUGGCAUUGAUGUCACAGAAGCAUCAGUGUUCUCAGGAGUAUGCACUCAGAUCUUCAAAGAGGAGGCUGGACUGUACCAGGGGAGAGUGUUCAGCUUUGUGCAUCUCAGCAUUCAGGAGUUCCUUGCAGCAUUAUAUGUGUUCCUCUGCUUCAGCAAUAGUGAGAGAAACAUGUACCAACAUGACCAACAGCAAACCUCUCAGCUCUCUGCUCUGUUCAGAGCAGCAACACUUCAAGACCUAUACAAGAUGGCCGUUGAUCUGGCUUUACAGAGUAGGAAUGGACACCUCGACCUUUUCCUCCGCUUCCUUAUGGGCCUCUCUCUGGAGUCCAAUCAGAACCUCUUAAUACACCUAAUGCCACAGAACGCUAGCCAAUCACAGAGCUCAGCGCCAACAGUGCAAUUAGUCAAACGCCACAUCAGGGAUUCUUCUAAUAGAGGCCACGUACAUCAAGACACCUGA